UUCCUCUCUCUCUUUCUCUCUCUCUCUGUUUAGAUCUUUCUUUGGGCUGAGAAUACUCCUGAGGCAACUUAUAAACAGAAGAAAUCAGGGAUGCCCAGCAAACUUGGCAGGACAUCACCAUCAAGGAAAAUGAUGUGGAAACUAGAGAUUUUCUAGUGGAGGACCACGUAGAAACACAGAUGUUGUGGGGAGAACUCAUUUUUCUUCCAUAAGACAAGCUGGAAGCACAGAGCCAAGCAUGGAACGGGAGCAGAAAGAGGAUGAAUCGACUAUCAAGGAGCCCCAUGCUCCAGAUUCUGAGACCCAGCUGGGCUGCAACUCUGAAGAAGACAGAGCAGCAGUGAAGCCAGUCACGGGGACAUCUGGAGUCCUGACAUCCAUCCAGCAAGAAGAUUUAAUGGAUGCAUUGAAGGAUGAUGCUCCAGAGGUCCCAGACAAGAGCAACCUCCCAGGGCUGACUCAAGAGACUGGAGCUUCACAAUCUUCCCUCAACAGAGAACUUACCAUAGUGAGUGAUCUGGCUAAUUGGUUGGUGGCCCCAGUGAAGGGACUGAUGCAGCAGAUCAGUCACCCAUGUCAGCUUCAUGUCUUUUGUACAUGUGUGAGAAGGAAGAGUCAACGAGAAUAUCUACAAAAAGCCACAUGUGAAGCUUCAGAAAAUCCAGCAGAAGCUCAAGAAGCCAAAACAGGAGAGCAGGGAGGAGACCUGGGAGAAAGCUUUGAGGAACUGCAGCCUGUAGCCCAGGAAGAUGCCGAGGAUGAUUACGUAAUAAUAAACAGAGUUAAGUGUGCAUGUAAUAACACUUGGUACCAUGGGACUGAGACCUGAGUGACACAAGGGGGUCAGGAUCUGGUUGUAAAGAAAAAAGACCUGGUUCAAAGGGAAAUUGUAGGCCUUUAAGAAGGACUUGGGCAGGAAUGGGGUAUUUAACUCAUUAGAGGCCUAGGUCCAUUAGGUGCCUCCAUCUUGUCCUGAGAUGGAUGUGCAGCACAUAGCCAUAAGCUUCAUGGCAUGCCUAGGUCAGUCUUUUUGCUGCUGAACUUCUGUUUCAAUCCAAAUUCCUUGGGGCUAAUUCCCAUUUUACCCCCUGCAUAUAGCUGAAGGUGAGGUCCUGACAUAACCUGAAUCAGGGUGGCAUCCAGCUUCUUCUUUAGAGAUGGCCCCAGUUAGCACAAAGUGAUGAGCCUGGAGCAAAUCAUAGAUUUGGAGAAGGCCUGGGGAUACAGGUGGAUAGGACAGAGGUGGGGCAUGUGGACAAGUACAGGUCUCUGCACAACAGGUGUCAAACUCUUUGAAACCCUUUUGCAGCUCCCUUGCUGUCAUGACUCUCAGGUUGAGGGCUCCUGGUCUCAGCAAUCAUGUGAUGCUUCCCUCUUAUGUGUUCUCUACAGACUUGAACUGGGCUGAACUAUUUGACAAAGAGAAGGUGCUGAGAAUCAUCCUUGUUGGCAAAACCGGUGCUGGAAAAAGUGCCACAGGGAACACUCUCCUGGGCCAGCGAGUGUUUGAGUCCAAGCUGGGGGCAAAGCCAGUGACAGAAACUUGUGCAGUGGGAAGCAGGAGCUGGGAAGGGUGGCGGGUUGUGGUCAUGGAUACUCCUGCCAUUUUUGACACCACAGCCCCUGAUGAACAAGCUUCCUGUGAGAUCCAUCAUUGCUUCCUGCUCUCUGCCCCAGGCCCCCAUGCUCUGGUGCUGGUCACCCAGCUGGGACGUUUCACAGAGGAGGAUGAGGAUGCAGUGAGGAGGGUAAAGAAGAUAUUUGGAGCUGGGGCCAUGAAGUUCACGAUUGUCUUGUUCACCCGUAAAGAAGAUUUAGGGGAUGGUUCCCUGACGGACUAUGUGAGCUAUUCAGAGAACAAAGCCCUGCGCCACCUGAUUCAGGAGUGUGGGGGCCGGUACUGUGCUUUCUACAAUAAAGCAACAGGAGAAGACGGGGAGGCACAGGUCAAUGAGCUGAUGGGAAAGAUUGUCACGAUGUGGUGGGAGAACGGGGGCUGCUGUCACCCCAGUGAUGUGUAUAAAAAUGCCCAGUUGGAGAUGAAAUGGCCUCAAGAGGCAACUGGAGAGGAAGGGAGGAGAAAAAAUCUGCAUGACCCUGUGGAGUGUGGAGAGACAGUGGAAGAAUUGAGCACUGGCCCAGAGGCACUACAGGAAAACAUCGCAUAUUUGGAUGAGUUGAAUGUCUCCAGGGCAUCCAAGAUCAGCUGCAUCUCCUCACUGAUUCCAUCAGGAGUCAACAAAACCAUCUUGUUAUGCAGAGAACAGAGCAACACUUGCUUGUGCUAAGGGACUUGUUUAGAUAGGGCUGUUGAAUAGGGUCAUUAGGGUCCAUUGAGGGUCAUUAGGGUCCACCCUCCCCAGUCCAUCUCUUAAACAAAGAGAACAUGAAGUGAAACAUCCAAGAAAAGGAGAAAACUUUAUGUACAGACAAAACAAGGAAACAAAACAAAGAACCACUUUUUAAAAACACUGAAGCAAAACUACUAUAACUAUGGAUCAUUAUACUAUAACUGUACUAUAACUAUACUAUGCUAUAACUAAACUAUAACUAUACUAUAACAAUAACUAAAGAAUCAUUAUAACAAUUCUGUAGUACAACAAUUCAUACAUUAUUCUGAGCUGGACAGAGAACUGUUCAGUUGUAUUGCGUGGAUCCAUGCCCAAUGUUGCUGCUGAUUGGCAUGGUAAGGUGCAGGGGCUGCUGCAGAACUGGGUCUGAUGACCACCAGGCAUAAAAUGGUGAGCAGUACACCUGUCAGUACUUGCCAGUCCUGCCAGAUCUGGGUAUGCCUCCUGGGUAUGCCUCCUGGACUCAUGAUGGUUGUUUCAGUGCUGGAUGCCCACGAUGCUUCCUGCAGCUCAAUGGACCUGACUGACCAGUGGUUGCAGCCACUGCUUUCAUUCCCUGAGAGCAUUCACCAGACUGUCAGUUCGAGCACUGGCUGCAGCCAGCCUUUGGUGCCUGACCAUCCUUGGUGGAGGUGUUGGAAUCAGAGCUGAAAAUCAAGAAAAUAAAGAAAAUUCAUAAAUGUGGUAAUUAGAAUGACUUAUGGAUGCUUGCUGCUCUAAAAAGAAAUGCUCAGUAAAUCCUGCAAGCAAAAAAGAAGCAUUCAGUCCAAAAUCGGUGCCUGGCCAUGGGGUUGGGGGUGGCGGGGUGGUGUAUUAGGUCCAUAUUGGCUGUAAACAAGUGAGAUCCUGCUUUACACAAGCAGGUGAAAACAAGUUUCCCUCCCCACUUCACCUCUCAGCCCAGUCUAAUCACAGCUGUCAUUCCAGGUGACAGGUGACUGACUAUAAGGUUCCCCAGGACUUAACAUACCUUGUGUGGAGGUUGUGGUCCUUGGUAUAUCCUCCUGAGAAGAAGUGACUGGUGACAUGCCUGGGACUCUUCUGCUUUCUUCUCCACUGGAGUGGCUGGAUUACCUGUGAGUGGCAGCCAGGGUUGGCAAAGUGGUCUCAGGUGAGGGCACCCCAGAGGCUUUUGUCACUCUCUGUGCAUACCUAUACAGUUCCUCCAUUAGUGACUGGAGGUACCUGUAGUGAGCCACAUGAUACACUGGGGGGCCCUGGCUCUGUGAUCAUGCAACAUCCCUGUGGAAUUUUGCCUGCAGCAUCUUAGCCUUGACCCAGCACUUCAGUGAUGUUCUGUUGUGACCCCACUCUGACAAUCUCUGGGGAACAUCAAGGUAGAUGUACCAGUUGGCACAUGGGCUGCAGACAAACUGGUACAUGACAUCAGGGUCCCUCAGCACAUGCACCAGGCUCUUCAUUUCAGUGAAGGUCAAAGUGGACUGAGAACUAUGCACUGUUGGCUGCUUGCUGCUGCCAUGAACAUUAGACAUCUCAGCUCAAUAAGGGAUAACCCAGGGAGCUGUGCACUCAAUUUAUAGGUCUUCAUAAUUUCAUAGUUGGUAGGGUUGGAAGGGACCUAAGCAGAUCUGCUAGUUUGACCCCCUGUUUCUAUUUCCCCAUAAAGACCUCCUGCCGAAUCACCGAAUCUCUUUCAAAUCUUUUCCAAAUCAGUUCAGAGGCUCCAAAUCGAUUCAGAACAUUUUAAGCUUCUAGCGAUUCAAUUCAGGUUCACAGAUUUGGCCUCUGAAUCAGGCCAAAUCUUCUCCAAAUCGAAUUACCCACCGAAGCUUUGCACAGCCCUACUAGCAAACAGGCAUGACUACCACCAUGCCCCCAUUCUCCACCACCACCCCACCCUGAUUCUUGUCUCGCUAUCCUGUAUACCCUUCACCAGUCCUGUACACAUUAUCAUGGUGGUGAUACUACCAUCACCCACUGUCUUCAUGCUUCCCUCCCCACACAAACUUCCCUCCACCGCACCCACCCCAGUCUCCUCCCCCCUGCCCCAAGCCCUCUGUCAGCCACAACAUUGGUACCAGGAGCCAGGGGCAGAAGUGCAGCUGGUGAUAAGUUUUCCGUUGUGGGAGGGCUUGGACUUAUGGUAAUAGAGGAAAGCAUGGAAGUAUAGGUUAAGGUAUGUUAGAACAUGUCAGGCUAACUGCUGUCUCUGUCUUACAAUUACCCUCCAGCUGUGCCUCAUUUGAGAAUGGCUGAUGCUGGGAUGUUGUUUUUUGAUAGGCAGAAGACUUUGAAGGGGGAAUUUUAGAUCUUUCAUUUUAGUCAUAGCUUUCUAGUUGUGGGAUAGGUGAGUGGGUAUUCAGCAGUGUUUCAGUUUUCACCAUUUGUUGGUUUUGAAUUAAACUUUUAUUUUUGAAAGUUUCUGUUUUCAAUCAAUGUACACAGUGCUUUAGUGAUCUGUGGGGCAUCAGUCUUGUGGGUGGUGGAUGCUGCUGGUGAUGGGGGUGUCCCUUGAGAGG